AUGGCUACCGACGACGAUAACUUCGACAUUGACAUCUACGGCGAUGGCACUUACAAUGCUAAUGACGCCGGAGAUUUCAAGCAGGAGGACACUGAGCUCGUUCUGGAUGCUCCCCAGAACCAGCCUGAGUCUAGCACUGACACCGUCAAGCAUGAGAACGCCCCUACCACUCAGACCCAGCAGGCGAACAACAAUGCAGCUCCAUCGGCCCCUCAGCAGCAAGCCCCUCAGCAACAGACUCCCCACCAUGGUCUGCCUGCACCCCCUCAGGGAGUCAAGCGAAAGGAAUACGAGGACCAGUCCGUGGACCCCGAUGCUACAACUGCGUUGUUGAUCUCGGAUCUAUCCUGGUGGACUACCGAUGACGAUAUCCGAGGCUGGGUGAACCAAGCCGGAGUCGAGAAUCAACUUAAGGAUGUGACCUUCAGCGAGCAUAAAGUGAAUGGCAAGAGCAAGGGUCAGGCGUUUGUUGAAUUCACCACCGCGCAGGCAGCGACCGCGACUAAGCACAACAUCGAGAGAAACGGUGGUCCCGCGCGUAAGCACACCGCGAUCUACACCAGCCCCCACCAAAACCCCUUUAAGACUCUUCCCAAGGAUACCCCGAUGCGCAGUGCUGGCGGCCGCGGCGGCGGUGCUGCCCACAACACCGGUGGCAACCCCAACUACGGCAUGAACAACCACACCGGUGGCGGAUUCCGCGGUCGAGGCGGCUUCAACAACCGUGGCAUGGGUGGUAACAUGAACAACAACUUUAACAACCGCAACAACUUCAACCCGAUGGGUGGAUUCCAAGGUGGCGCGCCUAACCCCAUGAUGGGUGGCUUCCAGGGUGCCCCGAUGGGCGGAAUGAACUACGGAUUCAACAACAACCGCGGCAACAUGAUGGGUGGUAUGCGCGGUGCUGGUAUGCGCGGCGGUCGUGGUGGAAACGCCAUGGGCGGCGGUCCGAACAUGAUGGGACAACAAGGUUUCCAGGGCCCAAACCCCGGAUUCAAUAAUCAGGGCUACUACAACCCUACCAACCCUAACAACCAGCCCGGCGGCGCCGAUGCAGGUUCCUGGAACCCCCACGGUGCAAAGCGCAGCCGUCAAGACUAA